AACAAACAGACCUGAUACCGCUGAAAGAGGAGAGUCAAGACCUGGAUGAAAUGGAAGAGAAAAAUCAGUAUGAGAAAUAUCAUGAUCUCAUGGCUGGAGAAAAAUAUUUUAGUUACUCACAGACUUAUAAAACAGAAGCUACAAACCUUAAAGUCCAGAUGAGAGUUCACACUGAACAAAGCCCUUUCACCUGCCAACAGUGUGGAAGGAGUUUCGGUCAAAAAGAAAGCCUUAAAAACCACUUGAAAAUCCACACUGAAGAGAAUUUGUUCAUGUGUUCUCAGUGUGGAAAGAGUUUUACACAGAAAAAAACCCUUAAUGUCCACAUGAGAAUUCACACUGGAGAGAAGCCUUACUCCUGCAAACUGUGUGAGAUGAGCUUCAGACGAAAAGAAGGUUUUAGGUCUCACAUGACGGUUCACACUGGAGAGAGCCCUUUCACCUGCCAGCAGUGUGGAAAGGGUUUUAAUCGUAAACAAAGCCUUAAAGUCCACUUAAAAAUCCAUGCUGGAGAGAAGCCGUUCAUAUGCCCUCAGUGUGGAAAGAGUUUUACACAGAAAUCAACCCUUAAUGUCCACAUGAAAAUUCACACUGGAGAGAAACCUCACACCUGCAAACUGUGUGGGAAGAGUUUCUCAGUAAAAGGAAGUCUUAAAAUUCACAUGAGAAUUCACACCGGAGAGAAGCCGUUCAUCUGCUCUCAGUGUGGAAAGAGCUUCAAACAGAAAAAAGAACUUGAUGGCCACAUGAGAGUUCACACUGGAGAGAAACCUUUUGAUUGUGCUCAGUGUGGAAAGAGUUUUGGAUAUAAAUCACACCUUAAUAAACACAUGAGGAUUCACUCCGGGGAGAACUGUUUUAUAUGUCAGCAGUGUGGAAAGAGUUUCUCACACAGAGGAAACUUUGACAAUCACAUGAGAUUCCACACUGGUGAGAAGCCUUUCACCUGCCAAGAGUGUGGAAAGCGCUUCACAGUUAAAGGAAACCUUAAGACACACAUGAGAUUUCACACUGGAGAGAAACCUUUCACCUGCCCUCAGUGUGGAAAGGGUUUCACAAUUAAAGGAAACCUUAAGACUCACAUCAGAGUUCACACUGGAGAGAGGCCUUACAAGUGUGUUCAGUGUGAAAAGAGUUUCAAAAAUAACACAUGCCUGAAACGGCAUUUGCAAACUCAUUCUGGAAAUAAACUGCCAUUGUCCUCAGUGUGACAAGAGGUUUAGGAGCAAGUUCAGCAAUCAUCUGUGCAUUCACUCUGGAGAAAGACAAUUUGAUUGUGUUCAGUCUAAUAAUAACAUCACACUUUAACAAACAUAUUAAAGGGUUAGUUCACCCAAAAAUGAAAAUUAGCCCAUAAAUUACUCACCCUCAA